UACUAAUGGAGCACAAUUCCGGCUCUUUGAAAAUAAUAAUUUUUAUGACGUUCAACAACCAUCAAGUGAGUUUUUCUUAUGUAAUAUACCUAGUUGGAAUGAAACGGUACUUACUAGAAAUAUGUAUACUGUGGAUGGAUGCUUUAAGGUUAAUUUGUUCUUUUAUCCUGACCCUAAUCCUCCUCCCAAACCUUCUUUCAAUCCAACUGGUCUACUCCCUACUGACGCUAAAUUAAAUGCAAAAGCUACUGGAUAUCCUGAUACGGUACUUAGUGGGUACCCUAUGGUUGAUGGUAUAUACCUUAUAGAGUCGCCAGCUAAUUUUAAUCAAUUCAAUAUAGAUUCAGCUACCCAUGCUCUAUACAAUCGGGAUAUUCACUACUGCGUUGUUCUGGAAUCCAAUUACUUCACUUUUGCUGAUACUCCCGGUGAAACACAAUUUGAGUUAGAGUAUGCUCCAGAUCAUAUUGAUAUUAUCUACAGACCAGGUGAUAUGUUUUUAUGUAAACUGCCUAGCACAUCACAACCAACCUUUCUUACUACCAGGGUCAUCGAUCCCAGUUUGUGUCAUGAAGUUACGUUGUACUUUAAUCAUGAAUUCACUGG